AGACGAGAGAGAGAGAGAGAGAGAGAGAGAGGAGAGAGAGAUCGUCUUUCAGACCAGAUAUGGAGGCUCUGCCGUGGAAAAGAAAAAAAAUUGGAGGACUUGCAGACAUUUUUGUUUUUGCUUCUUCAUGCAAACUUGAUCUGGAGCGGAUCUCCCUGUGAAUGAAAAGGGUUUGUACUUUUGAAGACGAAAAGGAGCAGUGGAACACCCCCCUUGGUCUGUUCUGAGUUGCGGUCAGCCUUAAAAGCUCUCUAUGAGUGCGUGGACGUUCGAUUACCUGACCAUUAACUCUCUUUUCGUCUUGUACUCUUCUCUUUUUAUGAUGCCUCUGUGGAGUUUAAGCUAGAGUAUCUUGAGUGCUUUCUUCUAUUCCAGGAGAGACUCGUUGGCUUAUCUUCUUAUUCCCACCGUCUGUCUGUUCUUUGUGUUCUCUGAAGAAGGUGGAGCUCAGAAGCUCUGUGGUGGUGGUGGUGGUGGUGAUGAUUCUUUUUUCUUUUUGGUGAAAUGAUCACUGUCGAAAGAGCUUUUUCCUUAUUCAAGGGCUUUUCUGGGGCAAGCCAGUCCCUUUGAUGCAGUGACGCCAACUUCCACAUGGAAACACUCUGAACCAAUUACAACCUGGAUCGUAGCUAGUUAUGGACUGCACGGCGGCUAUUUUGAAAGCGUGCGCCCGUUCGAGGACCGUGUGGUGUAGGCAUGAGCGGGCCUCCGUGGAUCACCCGUGGAGGUUUGCCGAGAACUGCCGUUGCGGGCCGGUCGGCACCUUGGGCAAUGCGUCGUCGUCCCUUCUGCGAAGCUUGCUGUUUUACGUAUGCUGCUGUCUGACUCACGAGGAAAACUCGGAUCUGUGUCGGGAUUGGGUCGAUCGUCCCGUCAAUGGAGAAAGGAGAAACAGGAGAGGGAGAACAUCUGAGGAAGGCGAAGAGGAGGAUUUGGGACCACCUCCCUCAGUCGACGAGGCGGCUGAUGCCCUGAUGACCCGACUGGGCUUUUUAUUGGGAGAAAAGAUCAUUAACGAAGAACCUGGGUCACCUCACCAUGCCCAAGUGGAUGGACAGAGGAUUUCGCCUUCCUCCAGUUUGGACAGCAGCAACACAUCCCCCACGUGCACACUACAGCCCCCUGCUGGAGUGGAGGGCAACAACAACAACAAACCACCCAUCCUUGCCUCUGUCACCUCCCCCACGUCUACACUUGAGAGCAGAGAUAGUGGCAUCAUAGCUACAUUGACCAGCUAUUCAGCUGAAUCAGCACCAGAGCGUGAUGACGCCAAGAACCCCAGCGGCGGUUACCAAGGCAACAGUCUCAAACUCUGGAGGCCAGUGAUGGCAUCGACUUCCUCUUCCUGUAUGAUGGCUACAGGAAGCUCCAAUGACUUGCUCUAUGGGGCCGAGGACAACAUGGCUUCCACAUACAGCCUUAAUAAACUCCACCCAGAUUGGGGACAAGACUCGAACCGCUUGUCCGGAUCCACCCACUCCAUCCCGCUCUACCUUAUGCCUCGCCCCAAUUCGGUUGCUGCCACUAGUUCUGCUCAACUUGAAGAUCUGGCCUACCUUGAUGAACAGCAAAGACUGACUCCUUCCAGGGCAUCCCUCAGAAUGCCCAGACAGAAUUCCGGAAGUCGAAGUCAACAGGAAAAGCGAGUUCAGUUGACUCCUUAUCUUAACCUGAAGCCCCUCCAUUUUGAAAUUCCCGGAUUGUUGUCUGGGACGAGGUUUACCGGAAGGGAAUGGCUCUUCCAGGAAAUGGACACCUGUCUUUCCAGCGAUGACCCUUUAAUCAAUCGAGGGGUGGUGAUUGUCGGAAAUAUGGGUUUUGGCAAGACGGCCAUCAUCACCCGACUGGUGGCACUCAGUUGUCAUGGGAACCGGAUGUGGCCAACAUCUGCUGGCAACCAGACGCUGCCCAAAUACGCAGAAUCUUUCCCCCAUGAUUCAUUGGGAAGAGGAGGAGCAGGAGAAGGAGGAGGGGAGAGCUGUCCAGGGACUCCAGAGAUCAAGAGGAAACAGCAGGAGGCGCUCCUGAGGCUCGCAGGACAGGUGGUUUCUUAUCAUUUCUGUCAAGCUGAUAACUGUCACACGUGCUUGGUACCGGAGUUCGUCCACAACAUGGCAGCCAUGUUAACCGAAGCUCCUCAGCUGUCAGCAUAUCGAGAGCUGCUGCAUCGCUCGCCUCAACUUCAGACCUCACUCAGUCUGCGAUCCUGCAUCCAAGACCCGAGCUCGGCCCUCCAGAAAGGAAUUCUCGAGCCUUUGGAGAGUCUUUACAAAGAGAGGAAGUUGCACAUGGAGGGGGCGGGGAUCAUUCUACUGAUUGAUGGGCUAAAUGAGGCAGAGUUCCAUCGGCCAGACUACGGCGACACACUGACCUCCUUUUUGUCUCGUAACGUUCACAAAUUUCCUUCGUGGUUAAAGAUCAUUGCUACUGUCAGGACCAAUCAACAGGACAUCGCUCGGUCUUUACCUUUUCACGGCAUCUCUUUAGACAGGAUGGAGGAAAACAUUGCCAUAGAUCAAGACCUGCAGGGUUACCUGAUGCAACGUAUCAACAGCAGCCCUGACAUUCAGAGCAAUGUGUCGCUAAGCAAUGGUCGCCUCGACAACAUGGCGCUAAGCAAACUAGUAAGCCAUCUAAAGUCCCUAAGCAAAGGCUCAUACCUCUACCUGAAGCUGACCCUGGACUUGAUAGAGGGAGGAUACCUGGUCCUUAAGAGUUCCAGCUUUAAGGUGGUUCCAGUCAACCUGGCAGAGUUGUAUCUGUUGCAACUAAACAUGCGGUUUCCGACACAGUCAUCUUUCCUGAGAGUCAUACCACUUCUCAAUGUAACCGUGGCAACGCUGCACCCAUUGACUGACCAACAGCUUUUUGAGGUGAUCAAUGCUGGCGCUCUGACCGGUGGGGCCAUGCAGUGGGCGGAGUUCAAGCAACAUCUGGAGCAGCUGUCGCCUUUCCUCCUGCAGCGCUCCGAUGGUAGUCGGAUGCUAAACCACACCUCGUUCAGGGAGUGGCUAGUGUGGAGGGAUGAAGGGCAGGACAACAGGUUCCUCUGUGACCCCAGGAGCGGGCAUACACUGCUGGCUUUCUGGCUCUGCAGACAGGGAGGGAAGCUGAACCCACAGCAGAUACUUGAGCUGGGACAUCACAUCUUAAAGGCUCACAUUUACAAGGGCUUAAGCAAGAAGCUUGGGAUUUCCUCCUCAAUUCUGCAGGGCCUGUGGAUGUCUUACAGUAGCGAGAGCUCGAACCAUGCUCUCGCAUCGUUGCGAAAUCUUUAUACGCCCAACAUCAAGGUGAGCAGAUUACUGAUGAUGAGCGGGGCUGAUGUGGAUUAUCGGAGCGGUGUCCUCAAUAAUGCCCCCCUGCUUUGUGUCCACGCUCAUUUGGGCCAUGGGGACGCAGUAGCCCUUUUACUUGAUCAUGGAGCUCAGGUUGAUAUUCAAUCACAAGAUGGCUUGACCGCUUUAGGAUUUGCUGCUUCUGCUGGACAUCUGGAUGUUAUCACCUUGCUUAGUCAGCAUAAAGCCAAGGUUGGCCACGUUGACAGCUCAGGUCGCUGUGUUGCCGUGCAUGCGGCUCAGCGGGGUCACCUCCACGUGCUACGUUUCCUUCUGAAGCACGCCGAAUGGAGCUGCACCUCCUGCUGUGGCCAGAGGGGGGUGAGCAGGAGCCAGGCGCUGCAGCAAGCUCUGACUGCAGCUGCCAGCAUGGGCCACGCAGAGAUUGUGUCGUAUCUCCUGGAACCUUCAGAGGAAGAUCAUAAAGAGGAGGAGAGACCCGGCAUCAACACACCUGACAGUCUGUGGGGAGAGACAGCCCUGACAGCAGCAGCUGGAGGUGGCAGGUUGUCAGUCUGCAAGCUGUUGUUGGAUCAAGGUGCCGCUCCGGAGCAAGGCAGCAGACGAAGUGUCGUACCGCUCUUCUGCGCGGUCAGGCGGGGACAUUGGCAGGUUGUUGAGUUGUUAUUGAAUCACGGGGCGCAGGUUAAUAUGGUGGACCAACAGGGCCGCACAGCUUUGAUGACAGCGGCCUCUGAAGGUCACAUGACCACCGCCAAAUUGCUGUUGGAUCACGGUGCGUCUCUGGAUCAGGCAGACAGGGAAGGUUUAACGGCGCUGAGCUGGGCGUGUCUGAAAGGCCAGCUCCCAUUGGUCAGAGAGUUGGUGGCGAGAGGUGCCGCCACAACGCAUAGUGACCGCAGCGGCCGGACACCGUUGGAUCUGGCUGCGUUCCGCGGGGAUCCCGAAGUGGUGAAGCAUCUGGUUGAUCACGGUGCAUCGGUGGAACACGUCGACUCCAGCGGGAUGCGACCGCUGGACCGAGCGGUCGGAUGCAGGAACACUUCAGCCGUCAUUGCUUUGCUCAAAAAAGGAGCCAUAAUAGGACCAGCAACCUGGGCCAUGGCAACAUCCAAACCAGACAUUUUAAUGGUCCUCAUCAGUAAAUUAGUCCAAGAGGGCGACAAACUGUACAAGCAAGGUAACGUGAGAGAAGCCGCACAUUCCUAUCAGUCUGCGCUCCAGAAGUUUCCAGCGGACGAGUUAAAGACGUUCAAACAGCUGAGAGUGUGCGUGCUCCUCAACCUGUCACGUUGUCGGCGCAAGAUGAAUGAUUUUGCCCUUGCCGAGGAGUUUGCCACCAAGGCUUUGGAGCUAAAAGCCAAAUCUUACGAGGCCUUUUACGCCAGAGCGCGUGCUAAACGCAGUCGCAGGCAGUUUCAUGCAGCCCUAGAAGAUCUUCUGGAAGCCAGCCGCCUUUGUCCUUCCAACCGGGAGAUUCAACGCCUGCUAUCUCGGGUCAAGGAAGAGUGUCGACAACACGCGCAACAACCGGACUCAAUGCCGCAAGGAAACUUCUCGAACAACGACGCAGGGCUUAGAAAUUCGGAAUACCUGCACGUUCACGCCAAUGAGGCGUUUUCCAAGGAUGAGGAGAAUGAAGAAGAUCAGUGGAAAGGAGAUUCUACUGCUCAUCAUGUCUACGGUCGUCAAGGGGUGCAGUUGCCACCUUCCCUCUCGCCGACUCAUCGGCCCAAGUCGAGUCCCGGCCAUUCGCCCUCUUCCUCCCCCUCUCACCCGGCACCCUCCUACCAAUGUUUCAGCCCUCCGACCUCUCCGCGGCAGAAUCUGCAUCCCACCAGCCCCAUGUCAGAGCGCAAAUUAUUUUCCGCUCACCACGCAGACCAGAACCAGGCACUGCAGCAGCAUCACCACCAACUGAGAUCUUUCCCCACUCAAAACCAGUGGCUACAACCAGCUAAAGUCCAAGUGGUCAGAACGGGUCAAGCCAGUUCAUCGGUUCACUCUAGCGUGGUCUUGAGUAGUUCGACCUACUCCCAGUUUGCCCAACUGCCUAAAGAACUUGCUGAACUCGGGGAUGGUCUUUGCCCGAACCCCUUUGAGAUGAAACAGCAGGCGGGCGUGGCUUGCGGAGCUUUAUACCUUCAAGAGAGCGCAGAUGUUGACCCGGUUUACCAGUCAAAAGCGACAGCCGCCUACGGGGGGGGAAUGACUCGCUUUGGCCAGCCCCGUCAGUACAGCCGCAACCAAUCCAAAGCCGCUUAUUACCCCAUGGAAGUCACUGAGAUGGCAAAAGCGCCACCCGAUGAUCAUCACCACCUACGCCACGGCGUUCAAUCGACCUCUCCCGCUCUUCCCCACAGACCUGUCAACGUAUGCUUCUCCUCUAGCAGCGGCAGCCUGUCUGGCGGCCAGCAGGCCAUCCGAGGCUCGACUUUCAGGACCUCGGCUUCCACGCAGCACGUGGACUUACCUUUUAAAGAACAGCCCAUCGGUCACGUGGAUGAUCUGUCACCCAACUCCUCUCCCCAGGCGGAGUGUGUCGUCGGAGGCGGGACUUAUCCCGGAGAGGCGGGUCGUUCGUCGAGGAACAUGCCUUACAUGGGUCUUAAUGACAAAACUGUAAGAGUGCUCCAACAGUAUCAACAACAGGCUCCGCCCGCUUCCUCAUCCAGCCUCAGCCCCUCUCGAUCGUGGGCCGUGUCUUCGGUGGACACCAUCGUCGCGUCGCCCGGCAAACAAGCCGACGAUCCGGUCCAAUCGCAGCAGGCCUUCUCCAUGGCCUAUCACAACCGCAGCAACAACAACGGCCACUACGACAAGCAGCUGCCCUACUACGACGUGUUGCCGGCCAGCGGUCCUCUGGUUGCCGCCCAGAAGCUGCCUUAUAUCGACAUGAAGCUCGCACGGACACUGCCGGUCAAUAAAAAGACAUGUCCCACCUCUCCUGUCAAAGCCAAAAGACCCUUUGUGGAGUCUAAUGUAUAGAGAAGACUAAGAAGAUGAACAUAUAUGUACAACGUGGAGCCCAACAUAAGAGGAGACUGAGAAGCCUUCAAUGGUAUCCAUGGUGCUUCAUCGCUGAUACUUGAGGACUGCAAAUUCCAACAUCUCUGCCUGAUAGUUCAUCGUACAGAAUUGGUGGCACAAUGAGGACCAGGAACGUCUGAGGUCGACUUAUUUCCUCCUUCGUGACGCCGUAGCAUCUUGACGCCUUUACCAGAGAGCUGCUCAAGCUCUUAACCCCCGCUCCUACCUGGAAAUUUGGAUUUUUAAAAAAAAUGCUACAGGGUAGUGCAGCAAGCCGUACUAGCACACUGAAUUGUCCAUAUACUAGUAUAACAAGUACUAGUCAAACACCAAGCAAAUGUUCCGUUCGCCUGGUCAGAGUGAGUCAGUUCCAAAACACACUUUGAGUGACAUCACAUGGCUCUGACUUGCUGUGCAAAGGAAAACAAUGCUAUUUAUCUUUUUCUUUUUCUUUUUUUCAAGUUGUCUGUCUUGAAAUGUGUACAUUUAGUUGUCCUUGUCUUUUUGAUUUUAAAAAAGGGGGACGAAGAAAGAUGUAUAUAAUUUUGUCUUUGUUCUGCGUUGAGCAUCGUGCAAAAGAAAUGUCUCUCUGGUUUGUUUUCAACAUUUCUUACCACGUGGAUGUCAAUUGUUACAUGUGUGUUAGGGCUGCACUGAAAAGACCAAAAAAAAAAAAGAGUUCUAUUGAGACAGUAAAAUGUUUAGAAGUCACCAUAGUAGGGUUAUUCUGAAAGUAUAUUUUCUUUUCAGUUCAGCCCUUACGUUCGUUACUUAUCGUUAUCGCCAUGGAAACAUGCAGACAUCUAAACGGAUUGUCCCACUGGCUACAUUCAUUUCACUCGUGUUUCAUAGUUAGUGGUUGUAGCCAAGCAUUUGGCCCACAUCCGAGGCCAAAGAGUACACAUUUGAUAAACCUUUAGCACAAGUAGCCAUCAAGUGAGAUUCUUGUAUUCAUUCUCGAUGCUGCUUGGCCUGCGCAGGGUCACAGGCCCGACUCGUUUGAGUUUUCUGCUUUAAAAUGUGUGCAUUUGGUGAACAUGAAUGUUUGUUCUUUUUCUAUGUUGCUGAUAAACGAGACUUCUGACCUCUCUUUCACGGUACAGUUCUCUGCUGUCACACAGUUCUCAAUACGGACAUGUUUAGCAGCCGUGAUUCGGACCACUUGGAAUUUUAAGAGUCAACUCCAUUGGCUGUAUUAAAAGCUGUCAUUAAACGUCAUUGACAACUCA